UUGAGUGUGUGUGUUUUUUUAGACUAGUUCUCGUCGGACAACACGUGGGGGAAAGAGGUUGAGUUUGUAUGGGACACUUUUGGGUUUUUUUUAACAAAAAAAACGACACUUACUUUGACACCAGCCUUGCUCUCACCGUGGCGGCAUCAACGACUCUAAUUUGCUGUGUAGCUAGUGUCCUGAGGAGAUGCCGCUGAGGUUUCGCUCGGUCGUGCCCUACACACUACCUGGAGUCCUUGCACUGAUUGGUUGGUGGUGGUACAUCUCCCGCAAGAAAGAGCGCCUCACCAGCCAUGACGAACCGGACGAAGCUUCAACUACUGCACCCCUGAUGACAUCUCUAGCAGUGGGUAGCAAUGGCAUGUGUGACAAAGGCACUGUAUCUCCUACAAACGACACAGAACAUCACUUCAUCUGCAGAAAUGCACCAGUAACUAGUCAAGACGAGGAGCAGGAAAACAUCUCCCAGACUCUUGUUCAGGAUGUAUGUGCAGCAUGUUCAGUGGGACAAACUUCCAAAGAUGCGUUGUCUGAUAAUAGUGGAAUGAGACUGAAUGUUGAUAGACCCCCAGUCUCAACUCUUCCACCAUAUGUGCAGGGCGACGGUCACAGAAAAGAACAGGACUGUUCGCAGAAAAGUUCAGCACCUGCCAUGGGUACAGAGGCGGAACUCUACCUAAAGACUAACCUAACUUGUGCUUCAGAAGCCACUCUCAAAGAGAUUGUCUUGCCCUGCCAAGCCCCCACGUUGGUGUACCUUUCGGAUGCAGAGAGGCCUGAGCCAGAGGGAGAAGUUGCAAAGAAUCACAGCACUAUAAUGACACAGAAUGACGGUUGUGUAGUCACCCCCACUAAAGUGCAGAGAGUGAUCUCAUCACAGUUGGAUUCUCUAGAUGGUCACAUGUCACUGCACGAUUUCAAUCAACACAUUCUAACCAGCACUCCUACCUCCCCGCUUCUGACCUCCGAAGCCCAGACCACAUUAUUGACUGCGCAGGAAAACCUGGUUCAUGAUGAGGAGCAGGAUUUGGAGGUUCUGGCAGCUGGGCUCAUAACUGAGGUCAUCUCGGCAGCCACCCAGCAGGUCCUUGGUGUCUCCAGCUGCCAGGUUGCUGACAAAGGCAAGCAGUACCACCACCAUCAAAUGUCUGAUGCUCCUCAGACAGACCACGAGGCUGUACAGGUAGAGGUCAAAGAGAGCAGAGAGCAAGUGAUGCCGAAUGGCUGUUCUGAAAUGUCUGUAUGGGAAUCUGUUGAGGUCAGUGGGUUGGUUCAUCAGGCAGACAAUGCGCAGGGAGACCCUUUGUCCAAACUGUCUCAUCAAGUAGCAAUGAGUUCCCCUCUACCAAGCUUGAACCCUAAAGCUGUGGAAUCGGCUACACAGGCUGAAGACUCUGCUUGUAGUACAUGCUACUCUGAGGAUGGCAUCAGCAAUGAGGACCACCAACUGUUUGACAAGAAGCGGGAUAUCUUCCAGGUUACAGACUUGUCAGAAAGAGAAGAAACAAUACCCCAAUCACUGGCUGAGACCGCCACAGAGGCGAUGAUUUUGGCUUUGACUGAAGAAGACUCUGUGAAUGUAAACAGACUUGACGGAAUGGACUUGAGGAAUGGAGCUCAUGGUACAUGUGAUGUGGAAACAGACCAGUCUGGAGGCUCUGAUGUCAACAGCAUGGACUCAGGUGACAGUGGCUGCACGAUGGGCGCUGGGGAAAGUCAUAGUAGCCAAGCUUCUUCAUCAAGUUCAGACAUUGUCUUCUGGGAGAUAGAAAUUCCAAAGCUUCUUGUUGGCCGCUUAAUUGGUAAGCAAGGAAGAUAUGUCAGUUUCCUGAAGCAGACCUCUGGUGCAAAGAUCUACAUCUCAACUUUGCCUUACACCCAGGAGUUCCAAAUAUGUCACAUAGAAGGUAUGCAGCAGCAAGUUGACAAAGCUCUGUCUCUGAUUGGGAAGAAGUUCAAAGAUCUGGAUCUGACCAACCUUUAUGCACCUCCACCACCACUGACAUUGCCAUCGCUCCCCAUGACUUCCUGGCUUCUUCUGCCCAGUGGCGUGACUGUGGAAGUGAUCGUGGUGAACAUCGUGUCAGCCGGGCACGUCUUUGUCCAGCAGCACACCCAUCCCACUUACCACGCUUUGAGAAGCCUCGACCAGCAGAUGUUCCUGUGCUACUCCCAGCCAGGCACACCCACCCUUCCCUCACCGGCUGAAGUUGGAGUAAUAUGUGCUGCCCCAGCAGUGGAAGGAGCCUGGUGGAGAGCUCAGGUCAUCACUUUCUACAAAGAAUCAAAUGAGGUGGAAAUAAGAUACGUUGAUUAUGGUGGCUAUGACAGGGUCAAGAUUGACUCGUUACGGCAGAUAAGGUCUGAUUUUGUAACACUACCAUUUCAAGGGGCUGAAGUAUUGCUUGACAACAUAGCUCCCCUCCCAGGAGAAGAUCGUUUUUCAUCGGAGGCCACAUCAACAUUAGAAGAGCUGACACAAGGCGUUUCAUUGCUUGCACAGGUCUCAAACUACGAUAACAAUACAGGUCUCCCACUGGUUCAUCUGUGGAACAUAGUGGGGGAGGAGGUCAUUUCAAUAAACCGCUCGCUGGCAGAGAGGGGUCUGGGGGUCUGGGUGGAUGGAUUUUGAACCAUCAUGUUCAAAGACACAUCACUGGAUGAAGAGUUUUUUUGUUGUUGUUGUUGUUGAUGUCCUGUUAUUCCUUUUCUUUAAAAAACGAUUAAAUAAAAUUAGUUUGCAGGCAUAGUCUUCAUGAACAUCACUGGUCCAAAAUUAGAUUAUUUAAUUGGAAUUUUUGGUGCACCAAAAAAAAAACAAUCGGAAAAAAAGGAUGUGAUACUUUUUUCUUUUUUUUUUUAAAGAAGGUAUAGAAUGUGAAGUGAGGUUCAAAGGUUCAACCCAUGUUUUUCUCGUCCAACACAAACUGGGUCUUUGCACACUGUCUAAAAAUCAUUAUGCAGUGUAGACGCUUAAUUUCCAAUUCACUCACAACUCGGUCAAGACAUUUCAGUCUGUUCUAAGAACUCUAUAUAUAUAUAAAAAAAAUUAAAAAAAUUACAAUGCUGCAAAAAACGCACCAAAAGGCCGAAUCGCACAAAAUCACUCGCCUGUCUAGACCAGUGUUUCCCAACCUUUACUAAGCCAAGGCACAUAUUUUUGGGCACCCGUAUGAAUGGAAAUGGGUGAAUACACAGGUUAAUUAUGUACCAUCUGCCAUCUUGUGGAAGAGCAUGUAAUUGUUCUGCCUGUCACUAUAUGUCGCUGGCAUAGCGAAAUGGGCAAAGCUAUGUUAGUUACCAAAGGUGUGGGCUUGGCAUGGACUUGAGUCAGCUAAGUCACAAUUUUGAUCACUUUGGACGCGACUUGAAACUCGACUUGGACUUUGACAUCAGUAUUAUACAUUAGCAUUCAAUUAACCGGGUUGAUUGUCCAGCAAGACAACAUAUUUUCCCCACAUAUCUGCCUCAUUGAAUGCAUUUAUUAACAUCCAAUCAGGUUUAAGACCAAACCACAAGUGUGUGGAUUACAUAAAUCCUGAAUGCUGUGUCACCACUCUUUCUGUGCCUAAUUCUUGUCACUCUGGUUUUAUUUGAUUUUAAAAAGUAAGAAUUCUAAAUGCAUUCAUUGUAUUUGUCAAAUUUAAUAGAUUGUUACCUUGUUAAAAUGGCAUUUAUGUGAGAGAUGCUAAACUGUGCUUACGACUUGUGAGGAUUUGAAAAUGUCAAUCCUAUGAUUUAGGACUUGACUCGACCCGUCUUAUCUAGACUUGGAUUUGGAUGUUUUUACUUGAGACUUGCAAAACACUGACUUGCUCCCGCCUCUGCUGGUUAAUGAGUCACUUUUAUGGAGACUAACGGAAUUGGCAUUUAGCUUUGUAGUGGCAUGUGUUGUCGAGAUGUUUCCGGAGAUUUGCGGCUGAGGGCUGAGUCGAUUACAUGUAAUUAUCUAUCGAAACGCUAGGGGGCAGUGUUUUCCUUAGAGUUCCUUCCUAUCUACAGUAGUUUCCUGUGGAGUAGUAGGAGUAGUGGUGAACAAUGUUGACUGAAGCAACGGCCAGAUAGUUAACACACCACAUUUCACUGUAACGGCGUAACAUUUUAAAUAAUUAAUUGCAUCACCCGUUACUGGAAGACAAUUUUAAAGCCAUUACUCCCAACAUGGAUUAUUUGUAGUAAAUAAAUGAGCACUUUUACAUCACUUCUCUCGUGUACUGUGCCACAGUGGUUGGGAAUCACUGGACUAGCCAACAGUUGGUCUGCAGUUUAGGCAAUGGGGCCUCUUCCAAAGAGUUGACCUCCAGACUGCAAACUUUCCUUCUUGAUUCUGUCGCUGUACCUCCAUAUGCAAGUGUUUUACUCCAAAGGCCAGAUAUAGACAAUAAAUGUAUUUAUUGAAAUUUAAAUAUAUGAUGCACAGGUGCGCGUUUCUGACAGUUUAAAUGUAGGCGUGUUCUAACAGUGCGAGUGCAUUUAAAUGAUCAAGGUCCUUUAACGCUAAAGGGAAACAAAGCUCCUAGACAUACACCAUUUGGUUUAUUAUUAACAAGUGAAAUUAAAUUCAAAACAGUGUGGUUGGAAGAACACUACGUGAUCUUGCCAAGUUUUCUUGUCUUGAAACAUUUCAUGGUGGCCUCUUUGAAAUGCAAUACUGAGAAUUGUACUGCAUUGUCAUUUAACUUCCAUUUUUAUAAGAGCCUGCUACAUUUAAAUCCAGCAUAAAUCCAAUGUGUGUCUUUACUGUACUACUCUGACUUCUGUGACACAUAUUGGCCUAAUGCAGGAUUAAUGUAUGGUUUGUGGGUGGCAAAGUCAGGGGGGAAAAAUGAUGUAUUUGACUGAUGCCAAGGUCUUAAUGAAUGGGGUGUCCAAAGUGCAGCCCUGGGGCCAUUUUCAGCCCACAGCUCAUUUAGUGGCAUAUUUUUAAAAUAAAUUAAUGGGAUAUAUUCAAUAUUACACUAAUUUGCUUUUUCAUCCACAACCCAAAGCUAAGCCUUUUUGUUCAGAUAUCGAAUUGUUUUUUGCCUCUUUAAUACAAAUGUAUCAAAACAGCCCCAUGCAUCCCUCGAUUUUUCUGAACGCAUCCUUUACUGGAAACAGUUUGGACACCCUUGUCUUAAUGUGUCUUGGAUUUUAAAUAGGGGACGGAAGUUUUGAGGGGGAAAAAAUACCGCGAGGGACAUCACAAGGUUACAUGUGAAAGAUGCACUUAGGAAAACAAACUCAAAAAGGAGGGAAGAGUAAUAUUUACUUCAUGGGGAAGAACAACUUGCUAUAACAUCACAUUUUACUGAUGUGCUUGUGAAACACUCUUGAUAACAAGUCCACAGUCCACUUUUGUGUAGUCAGACGUACGACUGUGUUGUCUUUCAUCAGGAAGGGUGUCAUGUACAGUGGACCUCCGCAGAUUUGCGAUUCAGCAUUCUCAAAUGAAAACUCUUUUUUUAUGCACAAUGUGGAGUAUGCGGGUAUCAAACACAAAUGCACUAAUUCAUGAAAGACAAUACUAACAUUCAUAACCCGCAAGGCAUGCUGGGAAGCCCCGGUGCAGACUUCCCCAACAGGUUACCCAGCAUGCCUUGCGGGUUACAUAUGCUAGUAUAGUUUUGAAUGUACAGUUUAUUAGUGUGUGGGUGGGUGUUUCGUUACCCGCAUCGGCCGUGUGGUGUUAUUUUUGGUUCCAUUAUGAGUGAGGUAGGCGUUGGGGUUGAUGUAUGGGUAUAAACAGCAGUGCCCAGCUAUAGCAGCAUAACCCAGUCUUCAUUAGUGUGUCAAAAAUUGACAUCUUUAUGUGUCAAUUACUCAAUUUUGCUAAAAGCGGGGAUCUACUGUGCACCUAAGUCGUUAAAACUCUGCCAACAAUAUCAUGCUUUGCAUUGUUUCCAACAAAUCACUUUGGGGGGGUUUAGGCACAUACUGAAAUAAUGGACAUGAAACAUGUUGCCGAAAAGAGUACGUUUUAAAACGCUAAUGAGUGAGUUGCUUCACUAAUGGGUUCCCAAAAUCUGUUUGGCCAGGGUUGUCGAAAGUGCGGCCCACAGCUCAGUUUUUUGUUGGUCGUUGGCAUUUUGUAAAAAUUCAAUGAAUUCAUUAAGAUGUUUGAUUAGAUAUUACACUAAUUUGCUUUGUCACCUACAGCGCUGCGCUUUGUUAAAAUAGCUUUGCAUAUGUUGACUUAAAUGUACAAAAUGUAUCCAAGAGCAUCCUUUAACUGAACAGUUUGGACACCUCUACAUUAUUAGGUGUUGGUGGUGGAAUCUGUGCACCUGCAGGCACGUGAUGGAGGCCUUUUUAGAGGGAUAAUUGAAUUUAAAGACUUCCAUUCAAGAACAAAAUUGGAGCAGUAGGCAUAUUGUUGCUGUCUCUCGGGAACUGUUUUUGUUCUUCCAAUUCUUCCAGUAAAUAUGCCAAUGUAAAUGAAUCAACUCCCACCACACUUACUAUAGUUUCUCUGUAAAUAAGAUCUACUACUCUACUUUUCUAGAAUACUGAUAGAGUGGAACAUAAAGGGAAAAGUCUUAUUUAUGUAUUCCUGUCCUGGUUCAUCCUGCCUCAACCUUUCAGUCACGCUAAUUUUUUGAAGCUGUGGGACUGUUUUUUUGUGUUUGCAUAGCUAGCCAAGUUAUAAUUGGAUUAUUUUUAAACAAGUGUUGCUGUGCCCAAAAUAAUUCAACAUGUACAGAUGAGGGGUUUUUUUUGCGUGAAGACUAUUUGGAUUGUACAAAACUAUUUUGAGGGGGGGGGCACAAUAAAGUGUGUUGAAAGUGAUCAUGUUCACUCCUUUCAAU